GCGAGGAGGCUCCUGCUUACGCCGCACAACGCCGUGGCGCCGAGCCAGUCAGGCAGCCAGCGUUGCGCGUGGGGUCGCCGCGGGGGGCGGCGCAACGCAAACGAAGCGAGAUGGCGAGCGAGCAGGACGUGACUGUCCUUGGGCGCUGGAUUCUCGACACUGGUGGAGGCCGACGCCGUCGUCAAUGGUCACGGACUAGCCUUUGUUGCUGUUGCUCUGUGGAGGAUCGAGGCACCGUAGCUGAUGGCCGCAACUUGUUCGACAAAAUGCUCACUGCCUGUUUGGCAAGUGGCAUGGCAUAAGCCAGAGGCGGCCAUGGGCCUCUCACAAAAGGGAAACAGCAUUGCCAUGCCACGGCGGUUAUGUUCCUCAAGGCAACAUCAUGGUAUGCGGAUGUUUCCACAGUUGCCAGGCUGGAGUAGUUGCGGAAAGUGGAAUUGUAGUUCGGACACCCAUGGCACCUUCAAUUGCCGCCCACUGUUACAUCAGCUGUGCUUGGUGCUCCCAGUGGUGGUCCACUGUGUGGCAAAAGGGCAGUCCAAAAUCGGGUGGGCAGGGCAAAGAGCCAACAUUUCUUUGGCCUCUUACCAAAGCAAAGAAUUUGUGCUUUCCUUCAGCUUCAGCAUGCACCUUCCAAAUCGAGUGCCCAUCAGAUCUGCUUAGUGGCCCCUUGCACUGUACUAUGUUGCCCCUUCUCCAUCCAUCUUAUUCUCAAGCGUGGACUAACUAGUUUGGAGAAGCCAUAGACAGACAAGGCACGAGUCAUGGGGAUCAAGAACACCACCACAACUCUUGUCCAGAGCUGGGGCAGCAUUCAAGGCCGUCUGGUGCGAGUCGAGGUCCUCGUCCUCUUCAGCGCCUUCAUCUGGAUCCUUCUUGAGUUAUUUGGCUCACGCCGACGACGAUAUAACCAUGGCUUCUUCCGCUUCUUUGUGUGGGCGGUCUACACGCUCUUCUCCGUUCUGGCCCCCUACACCAUUGGGCUGCUGCAGGAUGGUCCCUUCCGUGAUCAGACUUUCAUCGUGUGGGGUGCCAUCCUCCUCCUCAUCCAAGUGAGUGCCGAUUCUCUCUUGGUCUACAGCAUCCAUGACAUUGAACACAGGAAGAGGGUGCUUGUACAGCACGUGUUACAGAUCAUUCUCGUGCUAUGGCUGAUUCUGAACUGCAAAGGUCAAAACAGAAGCUACGCUGCAACCAUAUGGAUAAUCUGGAUUCAGAGCAUUAUUCUGGCAUACAGGAAUGCUGGGACUCUGAGCAACGCGAGCAAGAAAGGAGGUUUGCUGAAGCAAUCUAAAGUGGUUGCUGACUACAUGAUGAUUGAGCAUGAGCAAAUAGCUCAGGAUGACGUCACUCCGAAUACUGAAACCAUGCAGGGGUAUAGGUACAUAUUCUACGGCGAAGAAGAAGUAGCUUCCCUACUUCCCACCGCACCUGAAUAUGGAGUUGUAUUAGAAGAGGUGACUGAAAAGUGCAUCACCAUAGAUUCCAUGUGGCAAUGGAUAGAGAGCCAGAGUGAUUGCACAGUGGAAGUUGUGGAAACAUUGAAGGAUGUCGCACUUUCCUUCACAUUGUUUAAAUUGUUGAAGCGAAGAUUGUGUGGAUACCGGAUUGGUGAAGCUGGCCUCACCAAGACAUUACAUUUCGUGCUUCAUGGGCUCAUCUCUGAAGAAGACAACUAUGAUCGUGCUUUUGGAGUUGUAGAGAUGGAGUUGGCAUUCCUAUAUGAUUUCCUCUAUACAAGGUUCGAUUCGAAGACUAUAUGUUAUAAGAUCUGGACAAUACUUUUAGUUGUAAUAAAUGUUACUGUUUGGAAUUGUAUCUCUGGAGCAUUUAGCAGGCACUAUCAUCGUAGUAAUUUGGAACAGAGAAUUCAUAAAACCGAUGUUCCUCACUGGGUAACCAUUGUCCUUCUUACCAUUGUGCUACUGUUGUCCUGCAUACAUACCGGCUAUGACAGUAGGUGGGACGUGGUGGACAAUCUCCGGGAAAGAACUCGGAUAUGGAAGAGUCUUAUUAUUAAAGUAAAACGUGAAUCAGGAAGAUCCUGGCAGAGAGCGCUUGGACAGUACUCGCUCUUACUCAACUUUGACUACCACCCGUGGAAUUUGAUACCGCUGCUGUCAUUGGGUUUGGUUGACGCAACAAGAGAAGGACAGAAAGAUGGGGAAAAGAUCAGGUUGAGAAAAUCAGUCAUGCAACGCGUGCUUUCUGGGUUCAAAGGGAGCAAUGGACAGUUACAAGAUGGCCAGUCAGCUCUAGACAGAAAUCAGCUGGGGAGCCACUUAUCAUGGGCCUGCACCCUGCCUACACACAUCCAUAAGAUUCUCGUAUGGCACAUUGGCACAACCAUCGCCAUGGAUGAUCACCAGGUUCCCUUAACUGGUGACGACGAUGUACGUGUUGCCAAGACCCUAUCGGACUACUGUGCCUACCUGGUGGCUUUUGUUCCGGACAUGCUGCCUAGCCAUGGCUAUGACACCCAACGCAUCUUUGACGCCGUGGUCAUGGAAGCUCGGGGAAGCCUCACUGGGUGUGAUACUGUGAGCAGCAGGUGUGAGAAGCUGAUGAUGAUGGUCCUACCAAACAACAACAGCUGCAACAUCCUGGAGCUGGGGGCCAGGCUUGGUAGAGAGCUCAGAGGCGUGGUUCCAGAGGCACGGAGAUGGAAGGUGCUGGCUGAUUUCUGGGCCGACUUCAUACUCUUCCUCGCGCCGUCAAGCAAUGUUGACAUCCACACCGAAAUGCUUGCCGCCGGCGGGGAGUUCAUGACCCACCUCUGGGCACUGCUCACACAUGCUGGCAUUCUAGAGCGCCCCUCUAACGCUGGCGGUGUGGGAGGUAAUCAUGGUAACCCUGCACAUGAUUCUCCUGUUUGAGUAAUCACAGCAUUCUGGUCUGAAGGGUAUUGCUUCGGCUUCUGCUGCCUGCUGGAGUAACUGAUCUAUUGUGAAUGUUUGUUCGUCAGAUUUGAAGUUCAUUUGGGUACAGGGUGAAUCUUGUUUUCACAUGUCCUAGUGUAACAUAGCAGUGUGCCUUUUUCCUCUGCUGCUUUUUUCCUUCUUCUUCUUUUCUUUCUUUCUUUUGUUGUGGAAAGCAGUGUGCUAUUUGUGUAAGAAUAAAGCAAUUGAUGCUGUUUGAUGCACUUUUAUGUGGUUUUUCAGCCGAAGGUGCAUUCUCCAGUUCGCUGUCAUGAAUUGUUGUUACCGAUAAAAUUGGCUGGACAAGAGUUUGUAGUGGUUUACA